GCGCUGGGCUUCUUUGGAGAUCGGUCGUUCUGAGUCCUAGGGUUUUUUGAGCAAUUUGCGCGGGGGAGGGAGGGACGUAGAUGAAAGGCGAGAGGACGGUGAAGAGAGCCUCGUUCGGCCACGCGGCGGCUAGGAAGGCUCUGUCCGACAUCACCAACUCGCCGCUGCCGGCCGGAGCCCCCCGCGACGGCGGCGGGAAGCAGCUCCGGCUCUCGCCGGCGGCGAAAGACUACGUGAAUCAGCUUCUCGAGGAGAAGAUGGCUUUGAUCAAAGUUAUCGAAGAGAGGAAUAAGAUGAUCGAACUGAGUGGGGCCGAGUUGCAGAAACUUCGAAUCAAUUAUCAGAAGAUCCAGCUGCAGAAUUGGAAUCUCGCUCAAGCCAACGGUCAAAUGUUAGCUGAGCUUCAAUCUGGAAGGGAAAAGCUGAGAAUACUCCAACACGAGCUCGUAUGCAAGGAUACUGUGAUCAAAGCAAAGAAUUCGGAACUACAGGGGAAAGGAGAGGUAAACUGUCAGAAGAAAGGUUCAAAGAUUAAGGAAGAAGAAGAAAAGGAAGCAACUGAAUCCUUGCCAAAACCAGAUGAUAGAGCAAAACCUUGUAAUCGUGACACGAAGCGCGGCCAGAAAAGCCGAUCCAUGGUGCCUUUCAGUACCAGCAAACAAGAUGACAAGAAGGAGAAGGUUGAAAACAAAAGGCGCUGUGUCAGGCGGCAUUCAGCAAGAUUCGAAUCCCAAGAGCCAGAACCUCCAGAAAACUUGUUUGAGAUCGAAACUGCUCAGUUUCCCAUUAGCAAGCCCCUUGACAUUAAGGAAGAUAAGGAAGCUGCUCCAACCACAUUCCCUUCCUCCUCCAGCAAUAGGGAAGAUAGGGAAGAUGAUUGUGCCUCAGAAGUCGAAGAAAAGCCGGCUAGAAAAUCUUCGUUCGGUCGACCAUCUCGCAGAGCAGCCGAGAAGGUCCACUCCUACAAAGAAAUCCCGCUCAACAUAAAAAUGCGAAGAUCCGAGUAAGCAGGAAGCCCGAAAUUAACAUUUCCCACCUCAUUUUGUAUGAUAUUAACUUGUGAAAUUCUUGGAUAACCGCGGUCCUAUUAUUAUUGCUAUCAAGGACUUCCAUCCUCAUGGAAGCUAACCGGGCCAGGUUCACGAAAUCUCUUCUGUAUUGUGAGUAUGAAUUUGUAUGGAGUACAAAACUGAUUUCAUUGCCGAUGUACUGUUUCGCGUAACAUGUUUUCCGAAUUCAUUGAGAUCA